AUGAAGAUCCCGAGAUGGGCCAAAGUCGGCCUCUGCGUAGCGGGCGCGCUCACCAUGUACAGUGUAGACACCUUUCGCCACAGGAGAUACGGCAAGGUUCAGCAUGUUGAAGCGCGUCCCUUGCGCACAUACGGCGACGGGACUUGUGCCGACGGCAUCUCAGUCUCGAGGGCGCUCAUCGAAAAGGCAACGACGAUGCGACAGCAGUGUCAAGACUCGCCCUCGCCGCUGCGGGCAUACGGCACCUGGGGCUCACGGGUUGCGACGGUCACGACUCACUUCUCCAGCCGUCAGGAUCCCCAGCGUUUCUACCAAAAGGCCCUCGAGACCCAUCUCCUCCACAACCUCGUCCACGGCUCGCAGCUCCACGUCCUGUGUACGCCCAUCGUCGACCACAUGUGGAACAAGCAGGCGUUUGUGCAGUCCGUGCUGCUGAGCGAGCUGGCGAAACCGCCGCAGGAACGCCUCGAAUGGAUUUUCUGGGCGGACCGGGACACGGUCGUGCUCGACUACUGCCGCCAUCCGACCAGCUACAUCCCGGCAAAGGCACACCGCCGUGGCUACGGCCAAGGCGCGGACGAGCGAGACAUAAACCUGCUGAUAACGCAGGACUCCAGGGGGCUCAACGCGGGCGUCUUCAUGAUUCGCGUGGCAGAAUGGAGCGUCAACUUCCUCAGCGACGUUCUUGCGUUUCGCCACUUCAGGCCCGAGGUCGAGCUGCCGUUUGCAGAGCAAACGGCGAUGGAGCGGCUUCUCCAGGAGGACCCGUACAAGAGGAACGUCGUGUACAUUCCCCAGCAUUGGCUCAACUCGUAUGCCCUGGACAGUGCUGCGGACUUUGCGGGCCGAAAGGACGCCGAAGGCUUGGAGGACUGGGUUGCGAGGCGCGGCGACUUUCUCAUUCACUUUGCGGGAAACGACGACAAAAAGCUCAACAUAAUAGAGUAUGCGGACGUGGGCGAAAGGAUAUUUAAUAUCUGGGAAACGCGCGACAUCUUGCGGGACAUCACGAUGGAUAUAGAGCCGUUCUGGGGAAACCACAGCAACGAGAAAGUCUGA